AUGAAAAUUCAUUACUUGAAAUUUUUUUUCAAAAUAUGUUUUCUGCUUUUUUUGAGCUACGACUUUAUUUUUUUAAAAGGUGAAAAUAAAAAAAUGCAAGGGGAUUUUUUUAAGAAAGGAUAUGAAAUUUUGUUUCUUCAGAAGGAUGUAUUGCCGCCAUACAUAAAACGUAAUAAUCAUAUAUCAAUUUUUUUUUGUAAAUCUUGACAAUCGCAAUAUGUUUUAAAGAGAAUAAAACAAUAUUUUGAUAUUUUAAAUGGAGAAGAAACACAAAUAUAUUUUGAAAAUAACAAGUUUUCAGUUGAUAAUAAUAAGUAUAUUAUAUUUUUAAUGAACUUAAAACCAGCUCUAAUCUAUAGGUUACUUUGUUGUUUCAUAAUUUUCAUUUAUAUUUUAAUUUCAAUAAGUAUAUUUUUUCCUAAUCAAUCAGAAUAUUUCAUACCAAAUUUUUUAUUAAGUAAUGCAAAUUAUAAUAGAAUAUUUGAAGAUAUGAGAAAAAAAAAAUUAAUCAUUUUUGUUAUUAUGUUUUUUUCUUAUAAUAUUAUUUAUGGAAUAUUCUGUAAUACGAGUGUAAUUCAUAUAUAUCAAAACAGGAAUUUAAUUUAUAAUGAUUACUUUAUUGAUCAUUUAUUCGUUGAACAGUUAAAAAGAAAUUUAAAUAAUAUUUAA